GGUUCAAUAUCGCCGUUGAGAUACGGAAGCCAAUCUCGUUCUCUCUCAAGGCUCUCUUUUGUCCCUUAUAGGGCUAUCGGCUUCGCCUUCUUACUUUUUCCCGUCUCCCACUGAUUUUCUUGCUUUUUCCUUCAAACCAAGCAACACCGAGAAAAAAAAGACGAGGAAAAUUGACUUAGACGGAGCGAAUAUCACAGGAAGAGCGACUUCUACGAGGAGGAAUCUCUGCAACUGAAUCAAAUUCCUUGGUGGCUUAGUUUAUAUCCUUCGAUCUGGUUUUUUAGCCUAUCGAGGCUUCCACUGCCAAUUCUCGGCUUUUUCACUUCUCUCAGGUUUGUUGUAAAGGUUCUUGUUCGGCCUUCCAAUUUUUUUGGUGAUUCUUGCUUCCAAAAUCUCUUAAGGCUCAUCUUUUGCUUUUCGCUUUUCAUAAAGCCCUAGAUUUGGUUCUGCGAGUUCAGUGUGGUUUCUUCUUUGGGCGGCCCGUUCGAGGGUUGUUUGAUCUGGUUGGGAUUUUGUAUUUGGUGCAGUGUAGGAGGUUUUAUUAUCUUUUUGUGUUGUUGUCUCAUGCCGGAUAGAUAGGUGGGGAGGCGGAUAAAUAGAUUAGAUUAAGUUAGGGUUUUUGUUGGUUUUAAUGCCGACAGAGCGAUUGUCUUGGGAUCGGAAAGAGUUAGCAAAGGAGAGGAAGUACGACAGGUCUAAGGCUCGAUGGAGGGAGUCGUCUUCGAGUCAUUAUGGAUCGUAUCGCGAUUUCGCUCGCUGGGGAGGAUCCAACGAGUUCCGCAGACCACCAGGUCAUGGUAAGCAGGGCGGGUGGCACCUGUUUGCUGAAGAAUCUGUCCAUGCGUAUGCACCCUUUCGAUCCAGUGAUAGAAUACUGGAAGAAAAGAAUUGCCGGCCAUCACUUUCACGAGGAGAUGGUAAAUAUGGAAGGAAUGGUAGGGACAAUAGGGGAUCCUUUAGCCAGAGGGAUUGGAGGGCUCAUUCAUGGGAAAUGAGCAAUGGGUCUCCAAACACACCUGGGAGGCCGUUUGACGCCAGUAAUGAUCAGAGGUUAGUUGAUGAUACAGUAACUUACCCCUCCUCACAUCCUCAUUCUGAGUUUCUGAAUACCUGGGGCCAGGCUCACCCAAAAGACCAGCAUGAUAAUAGUACGAUGGUUGUUGUUAAUGGUUUGGGCACAGGCCAAAGAAGUGAUAGAGAGAACUCAUUGGAUUGGAAACCUCUUAAUAAGUGGACUCACUCGGGAAGCUUGUCUUCAAGGGGAUCUGGUUUCAGCCAUUCCAGUAGCUCAAAGAGCCUUGGAGGUGCAGACUCCUUCGAAGGAAAGGCCGAAUUGCAGCUUAGGAAUGCAUCUUUAGUCACGUCUCAUUCUGGGGAUGCUGUUGCCCGUGUUACUUCGGCACCAUCUGAAGAGAUAGCUGCAAGGAAAAAGCCACGCCUUAAUUGGGGCGAGGGACUGGCAAAGUAUGAGAAGAAGAAAGUUGAAGGCCCUGAGGUGAAUGUGAGUAAAGAUGGAGUUAUUUCUUCUAGUAACAUGGAAGCCAACCAUUCACAAAGUUCAAAUUUGAUUGAAAAGAGCCCCAGAGUUGUGGGACUAUCAGAUUGUGCAUCACCAGCAACUCCUUCCUCUGUUGCCUGUUCUUCUCCAGGUUUGGAGGAGAAAACAUUUGGCAAAGGGAUAAACGCUGAUAACGACAUUAGUAAUUUAUGCUGUUCACCUAGCAUUGGGUCCCAGAGCCACAUUGAAGGUUUCUCUUUCACUGAGGUGUUGGAUGCUACUUCAAUAGCUAAUUUGGGCGCUUCACUUGUUGAACUGCUUCAAUGUGAUGAUUCUAGUUCAGCGGACUCGAGUUUUGUGAGGUCCACAGCGAUGAAUAAGUUGCUUACAUUGAAGGGUGGCAUAUCAAAGACCUUGGAGGUGACUGAAUCUGAAAUAGAUUUACUUGAAAAUGAACUCAAGUCUCUCAAAUUUGAAUGUGGAGGCAGAUUUCCUUGUCCAGCAGCAGCCAGUUAUUGCUCGGUAGGUGAUGAGGCGAAGCUAUGCAGUGGACAGGUGAUUGGUUCCAACAACAUACCUCGACCUUCUCCUUUUCAAGCUUCAUCUUGUGGGACUGGGCAUGUGGAAAAUAUACCAAUUUGUAAUGGUCUCUUGGAAGUUGUUCAUGGAUGUGGUAAGGAUGAUGAUGUUGAUAGUCCUGGAACUGCCACUUCGAAGUUUGUUGGUUCAGUGUCUUCAGUGAUUGGAGUUUCUUCAUCUGACCUGGGGAAACAGGAUGAGUGUUCUGGUUUUAUGGGUGUAAUUCAAUCGCCAACCAUGGUGUUGAAAUCUGUCGUGCCUUGUACCAGUGAGCAAGAUAUUGAUGAACAUGCAAGCAUGGAUGUUAACAUGCUUACAAAGAACAAAGAAAGUGCAUUUUUUCCAAGUGACAGUUCUUCAGAAGAGAAUAUAUGUAAUCCAAUAUUGGCUGCCAAUAAAAAAUCUGCUAGCAAAGCGUCCAAUAUAUUUAUUAAUUUAUUGCCUAGGGAUGAAUGUGAGGUUGUUUUUUCAGAAGUUGCUAAUGUUGCUUUGCGGCAGAAGGAUGCAUUAGUUAAAGAAAGGUUUGCUAUGAGGAAGCAGUUUUUGAAAUUUAAGGAGAGAGUUGUGACCCUUAAGUAUAAAGCCUUUCAGCACCUGUGGAAGGAAGAUAUGCGCUUCCUUUCAAUAAGGAAAUACCGUGCAAAGCCUCAGAAGAAAUAUGAAUUAAGCCUGCGGACAACUCAUAGUGGGAAUCAAAAAAAUCGGUCUUCAAUUCGUUCUCGAUUUCCUUUUCCCGUUGGAAAUUUGAGUCUGGUCCCAAGCACAGAAAUGCUUAACUUCACCAGCAAGCUGCUGCAAGUUUCUCGAGUCAAGCUCUACAGGAAUGCUUUAAAAAUGCCAAUGUUAAUUUUGGACAAAAAAGAGAGGAAGGCUUCAUGUUUCAUCUCCAGUAAUGGAUUAAUUGAAGAUCCCUGUGCUGUUGAGAAGGAAAGAGCUAUGAUCAACCCCUGGACCGCAGAAGAGAGAGAAAUUUUCAUUGAUAAGCUAGCCAUGUUUGGGAAGGAUUUCCGAAAAAUUGCUUCUUUUCUCGAUCAUAAAACGACUGCAGAUUGUGUCGAAUUCUACUACAAAAAUCACAAAUCUGAUUGCUUUGAGAAAACCAAGAAGAGAAAGCAAGCAAAGUCCUCUACUAACUACUUGGUGGCAUCUGGUAAGAAUUGGAACCGGCAAGUGAAUGCUGCCUCGCUUGAUAUUCUGGGUGCAGCUUCAGUCAUGGCAGCUGAUGCUGACAAUUGUAUGGAAAAUCAACGGAUGUGUGCUGGAAGAUUCUAUUUGGGAGGCUACUGUGAUUCUAGAACAUCCCAUGGUGAUGAUGGGAAUUUAGACCGAUUAAGCAAUUUUCACAUUCUUGAGAAUGAAAGAGAAACUGUUGCUGCAGAUGUUUUAGCUGGCAUUUGUGGUUCAGUGUCCUCAGAGGCAAUGAGUUCUUGCAUCACUACUUCUGUUGAUCCUGUGGAGGGAUGUCAGGAGAGGAAGUCACAAAAGGUGGAUUCUGUCAAGAAACGCCCUUCAACGUCUGACAUUACAGAGAAUGUUGAUGAAGAGACUUGUUCAUAUGAGAGUUGUGGGGAAAUGGAUCCUGCUGAUUGGACGGAUGAGGAGAAGUCUAUUUUCAUACGUGCAGUGUCAUCCUAUGGAAAGGAUUUUUCUAUGAUCUCACAAUGUGUCAGGACAAGGUCCAGGGAUCAGUGUAAGAUGUUCUUUAGCAAGGCUCGGAAGUGCCUUGGACUGGAUUCAGUACAUCCUGGACCUGAAAACCUAGGAACGCCAGCUAGUGAUGAUGCAAAUGGAGGUGGGAGUGACACAGAAGAUGGUGGUGCUGUUGAGUCUGGCUUGAUGAUCUGCAGCAAUCAGUUGCACACCAAGAUAGAUGAUAACGUGCCAUUGCCUCACAAGGACGCAAAGCAGCAUGAGGAAUCUUUUGCCAUGGAGAGGAAAGAAUUGACUACGGACUUGAAUGGAUCAAAGGAUAGCAAUGUGGCUGAAUUAUCAGGUCCAAAGGUUGAAAAAAUGCUUGUUUCUGAUGCUUGUUGGAUGAUGGAGAACAAGCCUGAGCUGGCUUCCAACUUUCACAAAAUCAUGAAUGGUUUUGUCCACCAAUCUGAGUUCAUGCUGGCACAGGAAGUUUCAAAUGAAUCAGUCAAUUCAGAAGCUGGAAUAGAGAAACUAGUUGAUGACAAUAUUCCUGUUGAAGAUGCAGGGGAUCUUGGCCCAUCCAAUCCAGUUGCUGAUGCUGAUGUCAAAGGUAUAGCAGAGGCUUCUGCUAAUGCAAGUGUAAAUAGUUUGGUGGAAAAAGAACUCUUGUUGCCUGAAAAUAAUUUGAACAACGGAACAGAUGAUUCUGGAAAUGUGUCCCACCAGCCUUUGGAUAUGGGUUGCUGUCCAAACUUCAUUGUAGGUGUGGAAAAUGUGCAUCAUAUAUCUGUCGAGUUGGAUCCUGUGGAUAAGUCUCCUAUUGUCUCAUCGACACAUGAGAAUAAACUUGUUACUGCUAGUUCUGUGUUACAAGACUCUGCUGGGAUCGAAUGCAGAAAAUUGCAUAACCAGGAUAGGAGUUCAUCACAAUUUGAUUUUCAGAAGAACAAAGAUGAGCAGGGUAAAAAAUCUGUUGGUGAGGAUGAUCAUUUAGGGAUACUUGGGAGCUAUCCUUUUCAAAUUCCAACAGAGAGAGAGAUGAAUGGGGAUAUGUCUUGCAGACCUCAUUCUGAACUUGAAAGUCUUUCAGCGUCAGAAAGGAAUGCUACUAAUCAGUUUGCAGCUCAAGAUUGCUAUCUUCAAAAGUGUAGCAAUUCAAAGGCCCAGUGCUUAAUGCCUGAGCUUCCACUUCUCUCCCAGCACCCUGGACAAGGCAAUGGUCAGCCAAGAGACCAGUCGUGUAGUUCAUCACAUAUAGAAAAGCCAUGCAGGAAUGGUGAUGUGAAACUAUUCGGCACUAUACUCACUAAUCCUUCAUCUUCAUCAAAGCUGAAUUCUAGCAUCAAUGGGAAUAUAGAACAAUUGACAGAGGGUCCAAAGCCAGGUAACAAGUCAUCAAUUUUGAAAUUCACUGGCCAUCCAACGAUAGAUGGGAGCUCUUCAAUCGUGAAGUUUGAUUGUAAUAAUCAUCUUGGCCCAGAUAAUGUUCCCAUGAAGCGUUAUGACUUCUGGGAUGGGAAAAAGAUACAAACUGGAUUUUCAUCUUUACCACUUUUGGCCAAUUAUCCUGCAGCAUAUGGCAAUUAUGAUGUGACCUCAUCCAAAAUAGAGCAGCCGGCCUUGCAGGCAUCUGUGAAGUGUGAUGACCGUAAUUUGAACAGUGUCUCGGCUUUGCCUCCGAGGGAAAUAAGCAGCAGCAGCAGCAGCAGCAGCAAUGGAGUUAUAGAUUAUCAGACGUACAGGAGUCGUGACAACAGUAAAGUUGAGGCAUUCUCUGUAGAUAUGCUACAGCGGCAUGAUAUAUUCAAUGAGUUGCAAAGGAGAAAUGGGUUGGAAGCAGUCUCAAUUUUACAGCAGCAGCGGCAGGGAAGGGGAACAAGGAUGAAUGUUGUGGGAAGAGGAGGAAUUAUUGUUGGAGGGUCAUGCACGGAGGUAUCUGAUCCGGUAGCGGCCCUUAAAAUGCAGUAUGGUGGGAAAAAUGGGAGCAUAACGGGGGAGGAUGAAUCGUGGAGAACCCGUAAGGAUGAUGUAGGCAGGUAGCAGGAGUGGCGAGAGGGCCCUGCUGAAGAGGCCCUCUCUGCGGCAAAUAUCUUUUCUUGCCGUGCCUUGUAUAUUAGUUUUUGGAAUGUUCAAUGGAAAAAAGUGGGGCAGUGGACGGACGCUUCUUAAUUUAAGCCCGUCUAUUUGGUUUUUUUAAAAAAUAGUCUUAGAUGCUUGUAAGAUUGUAGUAGCUUUUAAUUUUUUGUAGUUUGAUGGAAAUAAUCUAUAUGAAAGUUGAGAGGGCCUCCUUUCUCACUGCCCCUCCGUCGUUCGAUCA